UUUCCUGACCUAGAGAGUGGCCGUCUUCCCUGGUUCCGAGCACUCUGUGCGGAAGGACUCUGCACUUUUCUACAAAGAGAGCACACAGGAAGGAAUGGCUGCUGUGUCUCCGACAGCCAGAUGCCAGGAAUCGGUGACAUUCGAGGACGUGGCUGUGGUUUUCACAGAUGAAGAGUGGCGGCAUCUGGUCCCCAUUCAGAGGGACCUCUAUGAGGAGGUGAUGCUGGAGAACUAUAAGAGCAUCGUCUCACUGGGACUUCCAGUUCCUCAACCUGAUGUGAUUUUUCGGUUGAAGAGAGAAGACUGGCCAUGGAUAGUAGAUCUUCAUAGAUCUGAGGAGAAAGAAUGUCCCCAAAGUGUCUCUCUAGACUGGGAGACUAAGCCUGAGAUUCAAAAUGCUUCAGAAGAAGAAAAAUCAGAAGGAGCAUCGAGGGAAAGGCUAGGAAGGCAAGGUCUUCUGUGUCCUAAAUUUGAAGAUCAUGCACCAGAGGGUGGGUUGGAAACAGAGAAGGAAAGCCCUACAGUAGAGACUUGUAAGAAAUCCCUUUCCCAGGAGAAAAGCUUUUUACAGCAAGGGUCAGCCUCACCCAAGAAAAUUCUCACUAAAGAGAAAGACCAGGAAUGCAGUGACUGUGGGAAGACCUUUUUUGACCAUUCAUCCCUUAUCCGCCAUCAGAGGGCUCACACCGGAGAGAAGCCCUAUGACUGUCAUGAGUGUGGGAAAGCAUUCAGUCACAAGAGCAGUCUCAACAGACAUCUGAUGUGUCACACUGGGGAAAGCCCGUACGAAUGCAGCGCAUGUGGGAAGGCCUUCUUUGACCGUUCAUCCCUAACUGUGCAUCAGCGAAUACAUACUGGAGAGAAGCCCUUUAAAUGCAAUGAGUGUGGAAAAGCCUUCUUUGACCGUUCAUCCCUUACUCGACACGAGAGAAUUCACACUGGAGAAAGUCCGUAUGAAUGCCAUCAGUGCGGGAAAGCCUUUAGCCAGAAAAGUAUUCUUACUCGCCAUCAGCUAAUUCAUACUGGCAGGAAGCCCUAUGAAUGUAAGGAGUGUGGGAAAGCCUUCUAUGGUGUCUCCUCACUGAACAGACAUCAGAAAGCUCAUGCUGGGGAGCCUCGCUACCGGUGCAUUGUGUGCGGCAAAGCUUUCUUUGACCGCUCGUCCCUCACGCAACAUCAGAAGAUCCAUAGUGGAGAGAAGCCAUAUGAAUGCAGUGAAUGUGGGAAAGCCUUUAGCCAGAGAUGCCGGCUCACGCGGCAUCAGAGAGUUCAUACAGGAGAGAAGCCCUUUCAAUGCAGUGUGUGUGAGAAAGUUUUCAGUUCGAAAUCAUCAAUUAUCCAACAUCAACGGCGUUAUGCCAAGCAGGGAAUAGACUGAGUUGGGUGAAAACUUGAGUCAGACAAAAGACCUCCAUAAAAAUUUGAGAUAGGUCUCCCCUAUCUUAAACCCACCAUUUGCUCAUUCUACCCAUUCUGGCUACUGUUCUCUCGUCCUCCCUCUGCUCCAGAGUGUUUAAUAAGCUCUCUAUUCCUACUGUGUUAUAGAACUGAUGGGAGUGGGCAGAAACUAGGAAAUAACUCUAAAGAUUCAAAAUUUUGGAAAGGUGUGUCAGACAGUAGGGUAGAUGUUAGGAGGAGAUCCAGAGAUACACCUCUUGUCUGAGAACCUAGACCCCAGGUAUCACCGCACUUUAAAUAACUAGAGGCUGCAACAGGAAGGAAAAGCCAAA